GCUGUCUUUGCCUCUUUAGGUACAAAAAACCUGGCACCUUAACCCCACAAAACGCAUAAAGCUCCGACCCGUGACGAGACCCGAAAGCCUCCAAAAGCUAAAAAAAUGGCUCCAGGGAAAUUUUCUUUACGCGAACGCAAUUGAUCCGCGUCCUCUUUCUGACGAUCUCUGCAACUCUAUCUCUAUUUACUCGAUGACGUGUACCAGCAUGUCCUGUUGAAGAUAGAAUGUGAGAGUGGAUCAGAUAACCAUCGCCUGAAUGUAGUAUUGGUUGACAAUAAAGAGUCCAAUCUGUUCCCAAUUGUGUUUUUGAAGGGUCUUCCACUAAAUAGAGGACCCUUCAGAUCAGGAGUGUUGCUAUUGCUCUUACCACUGUCUUGCGAAGUCAGUUGGCAUUUUAAAGUUUCUGGUUUGCUGAAAAUGCCUGCGGUGCAAAAGCUUUAUAACUCUUGCCAGGCAUCCCUUUCAACAAAUGGACCGGUCUCUGAAGAGGCUCUUGAAAAAGUUCGCAGUUUGUUAGACAAAAUCAAGCCUUCUGAUGUUGGCCUUGAGCAGGAGGCACAAUUGGUACGAAACUGGAGUGCUAGUGCACACGAGCUUAAUGGGGUCUCACAAUCACCACCUCCUAUCAAAUACAUUCAUAUACAUGAAUCUGAAAGUUUCUCUAUGGGAAUAUUCUGCAUGCCGCCUUCCUCAAUCAUUCCUCUUCAUAACCAUCCUGGGAUGACAGUGUUAAGCAAGCUUCUGUACGGUUCUUUCUAUGUGAAAUCCUAUGAUUGGAUAGAUGUGCCAGUAGAUUCUGACCUGGCUCAAGGUGCGCGACCAGCAAAGCUUGUUAAAGAUUGUCAGAUGACUGCACCAUGCGGAACCACAAUUCUCUAUCCUUCUAGCGGAGGAAAUAUUCAUUGUUUUAAAGCCAUUUCUCCUUGUGCAAUAUUUGACAUCUUAUCUCCACCCUACUCCUCAGACGAUGGAAGGCAUUGCACCUACUUCCGGAGGUCUCCCAAUGCUGAUCUUCCUGGGGAACUUGAGAAAGAUGGAGUGGCAAUAUCUGGAGUGAACUGGUUGGAAGAAUUUCAACUUCCUGAUGACUUUGUCGUAAGGAGAGGGCUGUACAAGGGCCGUGCUCUUAAAACUUAAGGGGCUUUUCUUUUCUUUUUUUCUUUUUACCCCUUUUUUCUCUUUUACCCUAUUUUUAUUCAUAGUUUUAUAAUUCAUGUGUGUAAUCAAGGUGAAUUCUUAGUCACAUGGCUGCUUGUCCACUCAAAAUAAUAAUUUGUGUCGGUGAGAGAAAUAGGAAUCAUGUCAAUUAGUAAUUAAUUAAUGUUCAUAAUACAAAUCAAUUGUACCAACCUCACCUUAAUUUGUC